GGUAAGUGUGUGGUAGAAUUUCCACUACAUAACCUAUUAUGCAACUUCUCCCUAUUCUUAUUCACUUAUAAACCCCUAUUCCCGUUUCCUUGCCUUUACAAAACCAAUUGUAAUCAUUCCCAAAAAUCAAAAAUCAACCCCUGCCGUAGCCGUCGAGCAGGACCGCCCAGUGCCGACUCACCGCCUGGCUGUCGAGUGCCGACUUGGGUUAGGUUAGUUUGAUAGCUGAACAUGGCAGAUUGGACGGAUCUUCCAAUGGACAUUUUGGUUGUUAUCGCACAAUGUUUAACUGUAAUUGAGGAUUUUACUUCCUUUACUGCUGUAUGUAAAUCAUGGCAAUCAGUGACUUCAAUAUUGAAGAAGAAACCUUCAUUGCCUACUAGAUAUCCCCGUAUCAUGCUUGCUGAAAAAAUAGAUACCGAAGAUCAACAGAAUCGAGAUGAUCAAGAUGCAUCGAUUCGUUGCUUUCUAAACUUAUUAACCUCAAAGACAUACCAACUCCAGUUGCCAGAAGCGAGGGGCAGGAAGUGCACAGGAGCACAUUACGGAUGGUUGUGGACAAUUGGCAUUGAUUUGCAAAUCAAUUUAUUGCAUCCCUUCUCCAGACAACAAAUUUGCCUGCCUCCUAUGCUGACCCUCCCUGAUCAGUAUGUAUAUGAUGAGAGAUUCAUGCCACAAGAGGUUUGGGGUGUCUUUGUUGCGAAAAUAGUGAUGUCCUCAAACCCUCUUAAGGAUAAAUGUUUACAUGAUUAUAAUGAGGAUUGUACUAUAGUUGCUAUUUAUGGAGAAUAUGCUAUAUUGGUUUUUACAAAAUUAGGAGAUACUGUUUGGACUAACAUCUCCGUCCAAUCUCGCGUUUAUCAAGAUAUUAUUUUCUACAAUGGCAAAUUUUAUGCCGUGGAUGUUCAUGGAGUUGUAGUUGUUUGUGACUUUGAUGACGCCAAUGGCCCAAAAGCAAUAGUUAUCGCCCCUGCUCCAAUUGAAACGAAUGAUACAUAUCAGAAGUAUCUAGUCGAAUCAUCAGGACAUCUUCUACUUGUUGCUCGUUUCCGAAAGGGUAUUUCACUUAAUUUCGAUGAUGAUGUUGACGAUGAGGAAGAGGGUGAUGAUAAUGAGGAGGACAUGGGUGAUGUUGAUGGUAAUGUUAAUGUUGAUGAGGUGGAGGAUGUCAAAGACUGUGGCAACGAAGAGGAGAAAGAAGCUGGAUACUAUACAACUGGCUUUUUUGUUUGGAGGCUGGAUGAAUGUCAUGAGGAGGGGAGUAAUUAUGCAUAUAGAUUAACUCAAGUGACUAGUUUAGGAGAUCAAGCAUUGUUCUUAGGUAGUAAUGUAUCUACAUCAGUUGCCUCGUCAGAAUCUAUCAAGCCAAACUGCAUAUACUUCACGGAUGAUAACUAUGAGCUCUAUUUCGAGGAACCAGGCGGAGGUGGCCAUGACACGGGAAUAUUUAAUAUGGAAGACAAAACCACUCAAUUAAAUUAUGCAGGGGAAUCUCGUAGUAAUAUUUCACCUCCAUUGUGGUACAUUUGAUUUCCAAGGACACAUUGCAUUUUUUGCUUGUCAUUUAAAUUAUUCCUUUCAUUGUUGUUUAUUUAAUUCUACAACAUAUUUGCUUGAUAUUGUAUUUUGGAAAAGCUACAAUCAAACUUAAAAUUCGUUAAGAUAUUCGAGAUUAAUGCUUGUAUUUUGC